AAAAACGUUCGAUUUGACAUUUGACAGUAGCGAUGCACGCUUGCACGGUGCAAGUAGAAUGCAACGUACGUUCUGCUAAAGGUCGGAGAACACGUGGUUGAGAGUUUAAUCUAGAGAAAUGCUGAAUAAUAGAGGCGAGUAGAACAGGGCUUACGAUUGGCUUAUGCAAUAUUCAGACUUACUUUCCAAGCCAAGUUCGCGUUCUAAUUAAGUUCCCGGCGUUGAAGAGCGUUAAGCACCUUGUCAACCGUUUAACUCCGGUCCCCUCUGCUUUCAGAUUCUUCCUCAAGUUCUUCCUCAAGUGCAACCAGAACUGCCUUAAGAAUGCCGGCAAUCCACGCGAUAUGAGACGCUUCCAAGUGGUCAUUUCCACGCAAGUAGGAGUAGAGGGACCACUGCUGGCCGUCUCGGACAACAUGUUCGUUCACAACAACAGCAAACACGGGCGUAGAACGAAACGAUUGGAUCCCAGUGAUCCCGGAGAAUACAACAGUCUUUACACGCCUGUACCUCUUCAAACGCCGUGUAUAAAGGCGAUAUCGCCGAACGAAGGCUGGACAUCCGGCGGAUCGACGGUAAUAAUCAUUGGAGAGAAUUUCUUCGAUGGACUUCAAGUCGUUUUCGGCUCGAUGCUGGUUUGGAGCGAGCUAAUUACACCGAACGCAAUUAGAGUACAAACUCCACCACGGCAGAUACCAGGCGUCGUCGAGGUCACGUUGUCCUAUAAAACUAAACAAUUCUGCAAAGGAGCACCCGCGUUAAACGAACCAACGAUCGACUACGGCUUCCAAAGAUUACAGAAACUUAUUCCUCGGCACCCAGGCGAUCCCGAGAAAUUACCAAAAGAGAUCAUACUGAAAAGGGCAGCGGAUCUUGCAGAAGCCUUGUACAGUAUGCCGAGAAGCGGAAACGCUGGCAUCACGGGAGCGCCAAGGAGUCCGGGAUCGGGCCAUCCACCUGCACCGCCGACCUCCAGUUCGGCAACAGCGUUCAACUCGUAUACGGGGCAACUGGCAGUGACGGUACAAGAAAACGGUAGCGCGACGAAGUGGACAGACGACGGUAGUUCGGUGACGACAGGAGCCGGUGCUGGAGGCGGAGGUGGCGGCGGCGGCGGUGGUGGUAGCGUCGGAGGAAGCGUCGGUGGUAGCGCCGACGCCUACAGGCAAAGCAGCAGCGCGAGUCCACGUGGGGUCGUGACCGGUGGUGGUUAUUGCGGAAGUUCGGCUAGCACACCUCACAGUCACAGCACGAACGGAAGUUACUCGGUAGCAAAUCCUUAUACCGGUAGUCCAACACUUUAUACCGCACGAACAAUAUGGCAUUUUCUAUACGUCCGGGGACGGGAGUGCGUUCGCCCCCGUAGUACGACCACCGACCACCUCAGUCCCACCGCACUGGUCCACACAGCACCACCUCGCCACAGCCGCCCAGUAACCGCUAACCGUCCACCAUCACAACCACCAUCAUCACCACCACAACCACCCUAUGCACUGCGAUUAAAGAAUUAUGAGAAACAUGCACGAGAGACAAGACUCGAGGAUGUGGUUGGUUCACCGUUCAACAUGAAUCCAUUUAUGUUGCCCACCUGCAGUCAAGGAUAUUCAAACGCCGCCAGCCCAUUGCUCUCGUCGAACGGCAAA